CCCUUUACCUUCAAUCGCGGUCCUGUGAAAAGAUGAAUGUCGUCAAAGAAAACAAAGACCUGGCCUGUUUCUACACCACCAAACACUCCUGGAGGGGAAAGUACAAGCGAGUCUUCUCAGUGGGGACGUAUGGCAUUACCACUUACAACCCUGCCACGCUAGAAGUAACAAAUCAGUGGCCUUAUGGGGACAUCUGUGGUAUCGGUCCUGUUGGAAAAGGUCAGGGAACAGAGUUCAACCUUACAUUCCGCAAAGGCAGCGGCAAGAAGUCUGAAACACUCAAGUUCUCAACAGAGCACCGGACAGAGCUACUAACAGAAGCACUGAGAUUCAGAACAGAAUUUUCAGAGGGAAAAAUAACUGGCAGGCGUUACAACUGCUACAAGCACCACUGGAGUGACGCACGGAAGCCAGUGAGUUUAGAGGUGACGCCGGGCGGCAUCGACCAGAUCGACCCGCAAACCAACCGGGUGGUGUGUUCGUACGACUAUCGUAAUGUAGAGGGCUUUGUCGAGGUCGCUGAUUACCAGGGAGGAUUCUGCAUCCUUUACGGGGGCUUCAGCAGGCUGCAUCUGUUUGCCUCGGAGCACCGGGAUGACAUCAUCCGCUGUGCCAUUGAGCAUGCUGGGAACUUUAUCGGUAUCAUGCUACGGCUGAGGAAGGAGACGUUGACCUUUGAGGAUUUUGUGACUGACAGGUUGGGGAAGUACAGCUCAGACGACAGCAUCACUUCACUGGCUGAGUUUGUGGUCCAGAAGAUCACCCCUCGACACCCGGAGCCUGUUAAGCGUAUACUAGCCCUGACAGAGACUUGUCUAGUCGAGAGAGACCCAGCUUCGUACAACAUAGUCACCAUCAAACCCUUCGGAGAGGUAUUUGCUCUCAUCUGUGACGUAGACAACCCUCAGGUGUUUACAGUCGAAUUCAUCAGAGGUCAGAUCCGAAAGUUUUCCUCCACAGAAAGAGACUCCCUGUUAGCCAGCCUACUUGAUGGAGUCCGUGCAUCAGGCAACAGGGAUGUGUGCGUCAAGAUGGCCCCCACGCAGCGAGGGCAAAGAUGGGGCCUACUGAGCAUGCCCGUGGAUGAGGAGGUGGAGAGUUUGCAUCUUAAAUUCCUGGCAGCACCUCCUAAUGGAAACUUUGCAGAUGCAGUGUACAGAUUCAAUGCCAACAUAUCCUACAGUGGAGUGCUGCAUGCAGUAACCCAAGAUGGUCUUUUCUCUGAGAACAAAGAGAAGCUGAUCAACAACGCCAUCCUGGCUCUUUUAUCUCAAGAGGCCGAGCUGCCGGCUCUUAACACUGAGCUGGAGAGCCAUUUCCAGGCCAUUCGACGCUUGGUGGCCUCCAAGGCUGGCUUCCAGGCUUUCACCCAGCUGCCUAAGUUCAGGGAGAAGUUGGGAGUAAAAACGGUUAAAGCUUUAAAAAGGAACAACAACAGUGUGACACAUGCUGCUGUAGACAUGCUCUGUGCUCUUAUGUGUCCAAUGCAUGAUGACUAUGACCUGAGGCAGGAGCAACUGAACAAGGCCUCUCUGCUGUCCUCCAAAAAGUUCCUGGAGAACCUACUUGAAAAAUUCAUCACUAAUGUGGACCAUGGAACAGGAGCUUUGGUCAUCAGCUCCUUACUGGACUUCUUAACGUUUGCCCUGUGCGCCCCCUACAGUGAAACCACAGAGGGGCAGCAGUUUGACAUGCUGCUUGAGAUGGUUGCCUCCGAUGGUCGCACCUUGUUCAAACUCUUCCAGCAUCCUUCUAUGGCAAUAGUGAAGGGAGCAGGCCUGGUGAUGAAGGCCAUUAUUGAGGAAGGAGACAAGGAAAUAGCCACCAAGAUGCAGGACCUGGCCUUGAGUGAAGGGGCUCUUCCGAGGCAUCUGCACACUUCUUUGUUUACCAUCAGCUCUGACCAACGGAUGCUGACCAACAGGCAGCUAAGUCGUCACCUGGUGGGACUUUGGACUGCAGAAAAUCCUGUUGCCAUGAACCUUCUAAAAAGGAUACUGCCAACAGGCCUGCUGGCUUACCUGGAUAGUCCUGACCCAGUCCCGGAGAAAGAUAUGGACAGAAUGCACGUCCGCGACAACUUGAAAAUUGCCACGGACCAGCUAAAUCGAAACAAGGUGCCCGAAUGGCAGCGUAUAGCUGGUAAAGCAGCCAAAGAGGUGGAGAAGUUUGCCAAGGAGAAGGCUGAUGUAGUGUUGAUGCACUGGAGGGAUAAAAUGGGCAUAGCCCAAAAGGAGCAGGACAGAAAUAACCUGAACCCAAACCAAAAGCCUGUCAUCCUGAGAAAGAGACGCCAGAGAAUAAAGAUUGAAGUCAACUGGGAGCUUUUCUACUACAGAUUCCAGCUCGACCAUGUGAAAUAUGAGUGCCUUUCAGAUGAGAUUAAGAUUGGGGAUUAUUACCUGCGUCUGCUGCUUGAGGAGGAUGAAAGUGACGAAUCGAAUGCCAUCAAGAGAUCAUAUGAGUUUUUCAAUGAACUCUACCACCGCUUUCUGCUUACACCAAAAGUUACGAUGAAGUGCCUGUGCCUGCAGGCGCUUGCUAUAGUCUAUGGGAAAUGUUAUGAGGAAAUUGGCCCCUUCACAGACACAAAAUACAUUGUGGGAAUGCUGGACCGAUGUACAGACAAACUGGAAAGAGACAGACUCAUCCUCUUCCUUAACAAACUCAUUCUCAACAAGAAAAAUGUUAAGGAGGUAAUGGACUCAAAUGGAGUGCGUAUAUUGGUGGAUCUGCUCACCAUGGCUCAUCUGCAUACCAACAGAGCUACUGUGCCCCUACAGAGCAAUGUGCUGGAGGCAUCGCCAGACAUGAAGAGAGAGAGUGAGAAAGAGUGGUACUUUGGUAACGCCGACAAGGAAAGAAGAGGACCUUUCAGUUUUGAGGAGAUGCAGGAGUUUUGGAGCACGGGUGUCCUGACAGCGAAGACAAGAUGCUGGGCUCAGGGGAUGGAUGGCUGGCGCCCUCUACAGGCCAUCCCCCAGCUAAAAUGGUGCCUCCUGGCGACUGGACAGGCAGUGAUGAACGAAUCCGACCUGGCUACACUAAUCCUUAACAUGCUGAUCACCAUGUGCUCCUACUACCCCAGCAGGGACCAAGAUAAUGCCAUUAUCCGUCCUUUACCUAAGAUCAAGAGGAUGAUCAGUGACAAUGCUUGCCUCCCUCACAUUGUUCAGUUGCUGUUGACCUUUGACCCCACCCUGGUGGAAAAGGUUGCUAAUGUUCUGAACCUGGUGAUGCAGGACAACCCUAACUUGCAGCGCCUCUAUUUAACUGGGGUCUUCUUCUUCAUCAUGAUGUACACAGGCUCCAAUGUGCUUCCUGUAGCAAGGUUCCUGAAGUACACACAUCUGAAACAAGCCUUCAAAUCAGAGGAGUCGAAGGGUCAGGACAUAGUGCAGCGUAGUGUUCUAGGGCCGGUACUGCCUGAGGCCAUGGUGUGUUAUCUGGAGAACUACGAGGCUGACCGCUUCUCAGAGAUAUUCCUUGGAGAAUUUGACACACCUGAGGCCAUUUGGAGCAGUGAGAUGAGGCGCCUGAUGAUUGAGAAGAUAGCUGCCCACAUAGCUGACUUCAGCCCCAGGCUGCAGAGCAACACGCGGGCCCUUUACCAGUACUGCCCCAUCCCUGUAGUCAGCUUCCCUCAGCUGGACAAUGAGCUCUUCUGCAACAUCUACUACCUCAGACAUCUGUGUGACACCAUCCGCUUUCCAAACUGGCCCAUUCGAGAUGCUGUAAAGCUGCUGAAAGACACCCUUGAAGCUUGGAAGAGGGAGGUGGAGAAAAAGCCUCCCUCCAUGUCCGUCGAUGAUGCAUAUGAAGUCCUCAACCUCCCGAAAGGACAGGGGCAGCAUGAGGAGAGCAAAAUUAGGAAAGCUUACUUCAGACUGGCGCAGAAGUACCAUCCAGACAAGAACCCUGAGGGCAGGGACAUGUUUGAGAAAGUCAACAAAGCCUAUGAGUUCCUUUGCACAAAGUCUGCCCGUAUCUUGGACGGCCCAGACCCAGAAAACAUCAUCCUUAUCCUCAAGACUCAGAGCAUCCUGUUCAACCGACACAAACAAGAACUGGAACCUUACAAAUACGCCGGUUACCCCAUGCUCAUCAAAACAAUCACAAUGGAAACGGAAGAUGAGCUGCUAUUUUCCAAAGCCUCCCCUCUCCUCCCGGCUGCUGCAGAACUGGCCUUCCACACCGUCAACUGUUCGGCUCUUAACGCAGAAGAGCUGCGCCGUGACAACGGCAUUGAGGUGUUGCUGGAUGCUCUCUCUCGGUGUGUUGCUGUGUUAACCGCAUCCAGCAAGCCUGGUGACAUGGCUGUACAGGUGUGCGGGCACAUCUGUAAGUGCUACAGUGUUGCAGCCCAGUUUGAGGAGUGCAGGGAAAAGAUCAUCGAACUGCCCAACAUCAUCAGGGAUCUCUGUCACAUCUUGUUCUAUGGAAAGGGUCUCCCAAAAACUGCCACCCUGGCAGUGCAGUGCGUGAGCUCCUUUGCAGUGGAUUUCUUUCUACAGACCCAUCUGUACCAUGCUGGUGUGCUCUGGCACCUGCUGGUCCACCUUUUCAACUACGACUACACCCUGGAGGAGAGCGGCGUGCAGGCGAACCAGGACACAAACCAGCAGGAGGUUGCAAACAGCCUGGCCAAGCUCAGCCUGCUAGCUCUCAGCCGUCUGGGAGGUUACACUCAGACACCACACACCCCUGACAGCAACAAUCCUGUUCCAGAGACCAAUGGCAUUGAGGGCACCCCUCCAGAGAACCCCACCAUCCGCAAGAGCUUAGCAGCCAUGCUGACUCCAUACGUCUCGAGGAAGCUGGGAACAGGAUCUCCUUCUGAGGUCUUGAAGCUGCUGAAUAGCAACUCUGAGAACCCUUACUUGAUCUGGAACAAUGGAACCCGAGCCGAGCUGCUGGAGUUCCUGGAGGGUCAGCAGGAGGGAAACAUCAAGAGGGGAGAAAAUGAUGAAAGCUUUGGUGCAGAGUUUGUGUUCAGUGAUCACUGCAAAGAGCUGAUAGUCGGGGAGAUCUUUGUCCGCGUCUACAAUGAGCAACCAGUUUUUCCUCUUGAGUACCCAAAAGCAUUUGCAGCCAGUCUUCUGGACUACGUAGGCUCCCAGGCCCAGUACCUCCACACUCUGCUGGCCAUGAGUCAGAGUAACAAAGUAGAGUCACAGCAACAUGCUGAGAGGCUCCGCUUCGCUGAGAUGGCUUUAGAGGCUCUCCGCAAUGUCAUCAAGAACAACCCCGGUUCGGAGUCAGAGUGCAUCGGCCAUUUCAAACUGCUCUUCUCUUUGUUGCGGGUUCAUGGAGCUGGCAGAGUACAGCAGCUGGUUUUGGAGGUUGUAAAUACGGUGACGUCAAACCAAGAAUGCGUUAGCAACAUUGCCGAGUCGCUGGUGUUGUCCAACCUUCUGUUGCUGCUGCACUCACUCCCCUCCAGCAGGCAAAUGGUGCUGGAAACCUUGUAUGCACUGGCUUCUAACACAAAGAUAGUCAAAGAGGCUAUGGCCAAAGGUGCUCUGAUCUACUUGCUAGACCUCUUCUGUAACUGCACACAUCCCCAAGUUCGCACACAGACUGCCGAGCUCUUCUCCAAGAUGACCUCAGACAAGCUGGUCGGGCCAAAGGUGCGUCUAACGCUGAUCCGUUUCCUUCCUGGUGUGUUCAUGGACGCCAUGCGAGACAACGCUGAGGCAGCAGUGCACAUAUUCGAGGGAACGCAUGAGAACCCUGAGCUUAUCUGGAAUGACAACUCGAGGGAGAAAGUGUCCACCACUGUCCGGGAAAUGAUGCUUGAGCACUUUAAACAGCAGAAGGAUAAUCCUGAUGUGAACUGGAAAUUGCCAGAUGACUUCACAGUGGCUUAUGGAGCAGGACAGGGCGAGAUAGAAGUUGGUGGAGUCUUCUUGCGUAUUUUUAUUGCUCAGCCAGGCUGGGUGCUUCGCAAGCCUCGAGAGUUCCUGGUGUCCCUCCUGGAGACCCUGACUGAGCUGCACGAGAAAAACAACCCCAAUGGUGAAGCCCUAGAGACGGUUACUACGGCAGCAGUAUGUCUUUUCAGCACACAGAGCCAGCUGGCCGACCAGGUUCCUCCUUUGGGUCACCUGCCUCGCGUUCUAGCAGCACUCAACCACAAGAACAACGCAGUGCCCAAGAGCUCCAUCCGCCUCAUCCACGUGCUAUCAGACAAUGAGCUGUGUGUACGCUCCAUGGCUUCUCUGGAGACUAUCGGCCCCCUCAUGACUGGGAUGAAAGCCCGGGCAGACAUGGCUGGAUUAGCUUGUGAAGCUCUUAACCGCAUGUUCCAGAAGGAGCAGUCAGAACUAGUCGCCCAGGCUCUUAGAAUGGAGCUGGUUCCAUACCUUCUGAAGCUAUUGGAAGGAAUCGGUCUAGAGACAUUAGAUAACCCUUCAGCCACCAAGGCCCAGAUAGUGAAGGCUCUCAAGUCCAUGACUCGCAGUCUGCAGUACGGAGAACAGGUUAAUGAGAUUCUAGCAAAGUCCUCAGUGUGGAGUGCCUUCAAAGACCAGAAACAUGAUCUUUUCAUCUCAGAGUCUCAGACUGCAGGCUACCUGACUGGUCCAGGAGUAGCAGGUUACCUUACAGCAGGAACUGGCAACCCUGUAAUGCCCAACGUCCCACCCCCUGUGGACAACGACAUUGGAGAUCAAGGCUGAUGGACACUCUCACAGUCACGCUCAGGCUCCCAGACUGCCCUGCAGCUUCACGGCCGCAGCUCAGAGAGGGACUGUUCAGCUCCCAGACGAGGGGAUGGAGAGGGAGAAAGACCGAGGAGAGCGGGCCAUCUUUGAGCGUCACCAAAAUCUCUGCAACACCUUCUCCAGGAUCACUCUCCUCUCCCCUUACAAAUGACACUCAAGUCUUCAUAAACACUUUGAAAUUGUUUUAACGGAUGACCACAUUUGUCUUGUUUCUGUGCUUCUUUUCUUGUUUCUUCCAAUGACACACAGAAGAGGUUACAUUUUGUAUGAAUAUAUUUUUUACUCUAGAUUUUGUUUUUUCAUGACAUUGGAAGACUGAGGUGUGUGAUACUGUAGGUUAACUGUCUCUUAUCUAGUACCUUAUUCCUCUUCAUCAUAUUCUGAUUGGCUACACUUCUAAAUCUUGAACAGAGGAUUUGUGACCUUGGUUUUGACACAUUUGGGCACAUGACCAAUCUUACAUAAACUUGUCAUUUACUUGUCUAUAUAAUGGAUACUCAUAUGGCAAAGGAAAAAAUGUAAAAUAGGAAAUCAGAAGACAUAUGUUUAUGAUUUCUCUUUCCUAUUUCUCUACAAGAAAAUGUCACUUGAACCCUCCGAGUGAUGUUGACCUCUUGUCUGGUUUGGUCAAGUCCUGUUCAAUCCAGUCUUUCAGAGUUUAAACAGAUCCGCUCUCCAAAUGUCCAGCCUCUUAUUCCUAUGAUCUGAUUCUGCUGUCUUUGAAGGCUUUUCCAGUAAUUAUCCCCCCCAGAAUGCAAAAAGCACUAGAUUAUUUAUAAGUGAAUAAUAACCACCGGAAAUGAGCUUAUGCUAAGACGUGACGAAUGACGUUGACUGAUUUUGAAUCUAUGUGAAAGACUAGUGCAAUUUGUGAAAUGUUCAAUGUAAUAUUACGUAUAUAAACUUUCUAUAUUGAAUGUACAUUUUAAAAAAAAAUCAGUCGCACUUGUACAUAAAAUUUUAAGAAUAAAAGGGAAUUCACAGUGUU